AGGGAAACCUACUUUGUAUGGCAGCCUGACUUGUCAAGGAACUGGCCUUGAUGGCAUCCCAGAGGUUACAGCUUCGGAAGGAUUUAUUGUGAAUGAAAUAAACAAGGCCCUGAUACAAUUCUUAUCUUCCAACAUCAUUGCUAAUUUCUGCUGUGUACCUGCGGGGUCAGACAAAAAGCAUUCAUAUUUCAUGUCCAAAGGAAAAUGCAUCUUCAAAGUUUUUGGCACCAUACACUAAUUUUUCCAGAAUUCAUACAAAGAGUAUAACAUGCCUGGACAUUUCCAGUGGAGGAGGCCUUGGUGUGUCUUCUAGUGCUGAUGGGAGCAUGAAAAUCUGGCAGGCUUCCAAUGGAGAGCUCAGAAGAGUAUUGGAAGGACAUGUGUUUGAUGUGAAUUGUUGCAGGUUUUUCCCAUCAGGCCUUGUGGUUCUGAGUGGGGGAAUGGAUGCCCAGCUGAAGAUUUGGUCAGCUGAAGAUGCUAGCUGUGUGGUGACCUUCAAAGGUCACAAAGGAGGUAUCCUAGAUACAGCCAUUGUUGAUCGGGGAAGGAAUGUGGUAUCUGGUUCUCGGGAUGGAACAGUGAGACUUUGGGAUUGUGGGCGCUCUGCCUGCCUGGGAGUCAUUGCAGACUGUGGUUCUUCUAUCAAUGGAGUGGCUGUGGGUGCUGCUGACAACUCCAUCAACCUUGGCUCCCCUGAGCACACACCCAGUGAACGGGAGGUUGGAACAGAAUCGAAAAUGCUGCUGCUGGCCCGGGAAGAUAAGAAGCUUCAGUGCUUGGGACUACAAAGCAGGCAGCCGGUAUUCCUCUUUAUUGGCUCAGAUGCCUUCAACUGCUGUACUUUUCUCUCUGGCUUCUUGCUGUUGGCUGGGACACAGGAUGGAAACAUUUAUCAGCUGGAUGUGAGGAGUCCAAGGGCUCCAGUACAAGUCAUUCACAGAUCAGGAGCGCCAGUUCUGUCCCUGCUGAAAUUUAAAGACGGAUUCGUUGCUAGCCAAGGUGAUGGAAGCUGUUUCAUUAUCCAGCAAGACUUAGACUAUGUCAUUGAGCUCACCGGGGCUGACUGUGACCCUGUGUACAAGGUGGCCACAUGGGAGAAGCAGAUCUACACAUGCUGUCGAGAUGGUCUUGUGCGGCGCUACCAGCUCUCUGACCUCUGACUCCUUGGAAAGAGAGUCCCAGUUAAUGAAAAUGAUUGACCCUGAUCAACAUUUAGCAGAAACAUCAUCAAUCCUUUCCAAGGACCAUGCUGUUUAUUGUCUUGGGCACUCUUUGGAAGUCACAGAAAGGCAGCUGCAUUGGCCAUGUGGAACUGUCAUUCCAUAACAAGACUUCUCUGAACUGAGUAGGAAGUUCAUAUGUGCUUACUGCAUUUGCCCUAACUUUUCUGUGUAUAAACUCAUCCUAGCAACACUGGGCAAGGCUAUGGAUUGAUUACAGUUUGGUCACACACCUGUUGUGUUAAAUGUUUACAGGACCAGAGGACAAAAGCCUGUUCGCUGAAGGAAAUAAAGAAAAUAUGUUUGGAGGAGUCUGAAUUUGAAAAACUUUGUUAAAUACUCUUACUCCAGCAAAAAGUCGGUCAGGCUGAUGGAACUCCUUUCUCGGGUGCUUCCUGUUGCCCUGGCCAUAGAGAAGGACUGCUCGACAGUAGCAGUAAAUAUCCCAUAAGCAGCAACCUGGGAAGAUUUUUAU